AUGUCUGUUACCACAGCUGAUUCUCCAACCACUCCAGUUAUUGGAGACAAGACCAAACACAAGAAUAUUCCCAACGAAGACUUUUCCAAUCAAUGUGUUUGUUGUAAACGAUACAAUCUUCAUUACAGCAAAAAGUAUAACAUCAAUGCGAGCAAUAAGAGUGCCUAUGUAGCUGCAUUCAAAUUCGAUGUACCUCUAGGAGUGUGCUGCAAUUCUUGCUACAACAAACAGCACCGAUACAAUAAGAACCAUCCCAACGCUGCUUCAGAACUGAUUAUUUCUACUUCUGCUUCUCCAAAAUCGACAACAACCACUUCUCCUAACCACAACCAUCAAGUAAGCUCUCCUCCAACGAUUUCUACCACCUCAAGUCAUCAUCAGCAACAACAACCACAAGAAUUAGAAGACGAGCCUUCAACUCCCUCUUCACGUGGUGGUAGAAGAUCAUCGAAUUCAAAUCGUACACCCAAAUCCACCACAUCAAGAGCUUCUCGAAGAGGUAGAUCAGCAUCUUCUCAAUCCAAAUCAAGUACCAACACCAACGACACCAAUAUGACAUGCAUUCAAAGUCCUGAUAGCGUCGAUAACAAAACGAAUAACAAUAUGUAUGAUCCAGACAACAAUCCACGAAAGAGAAAGAUGGAUCAUCAGCAAGAUUCGAACAAUAGCAUCAACAAGUUCAAGAAGGAAUCCGUACAUGCAUCGACGACGGAAGGUCCAUUUGGGUCAAUGCUCAACAACGAGGACUCCUCGGCCAACCACCAUCAUUCACAUCCUCGGCAUCAUCAACACGCUGCAGAUGAUGCUCUCUUCUACGGAGAAGGUGAUGAUCAAAUUGAUUCUCUCUUCAUUACUCAACAAGAGAUGUGGACCAGUCAGGAACCACAUGUUGCAACAUCAGCGACACAAUCACGCCCUCAACAAGGUUCAGAACUCGUAGCAGGUAUGGUUACUGGAAACAGUCAUCCCUCCUACCUCACUCCCUCACACUACAAUCAAUAUCUUCCAUUCCAUUCCUCAACCUCAACAACGGGAACAGCAAGUCAACCCAUUGUGGCUCAAUCCUCGGCAAGUGUUCAAAAGCUCUUAGUCGAGUUGGCUCAGCAACAACAACAGCUCUAUCAGCACACCAGUCGAUAUUUGCAACAACAGCAUUCACUCCGAGCCAUGAAUCAAGUGGUGGCUCCACAACAAGUCGUUUCUAACUCGUCGACCAAUCCAGAUUCCAUCCUCCAAUUACUUUCCGAAGAUCAAACAGCUUCUCAUGCUUCAGAAUUUGUUGAACCAGUGGUAGUAGCACCCAACAUGCAACCACAUUCGUACUUUGUUGAUUUGAUCAUGAACAAUGAGAAUUCUUCUGCAUCGAUGGAAAGCAAAAAGGUGAUGAAAACCUUAUCACCUCCUUCCUCUCAACAUUGUUUAUAUCCAUUCCAGACAGCAACCUCCACUCAGCAACAUGUUGUUUCUCCAACCAUGACCUUCAAUCCAUCUUCCUUGUUUCAUUCUACUGGCAGCAACACGACUACCAAUAAUCCAUUUACUACCUCAAACGCCUCGUCUCUUUCCUAUCUCAAUCAACCACAGACUUCUUUUUGUUCCGAACAACAACAACAACAGAAUCCUGCAGUCAUGUUUUUACUCUUCUAUGAUGACUCUAAAAUCAAAUCAAUUGCCGAUUAUUCCAACAUUCAAAACACACUCAAUAUUUCAAAAGUGUUCAUGCCCCGACAUGCACCUUACUCCAUGCUCAUGGAAAAGAUUACGGAGAGAAUGGCAAGUGAGAAGAAGUUAUGGAAUCAGAAUGGACUGAAGAGUGUAGCCUCUAUCAAGAUGAAGUUUUAUCUGAACGGAAGCACAGUGUUGAUGAAUAUAGAUCCGAACAAUCAAAUGUUGCGAUUUAAGGACAAUGAUGUCUUGUUUGUUCAUGUGAUGUAA